AUGGCUCAGCAAUCAAUGUCUAUGGAGGCACGAACCGGCCGGAGCAACCAACGCUAUGGGUCACAGGGCGAGCGAUUAGUUGCUGGUGUCGUACCCCUUUCCGCAGACAAAUACUACGUUCUCCUCAUCCAGUCCACCCGUCGCGGCGGAUGGGUGUUACCGAAGGGCGGCUGGGAAACCGAUGAGGCAACCGCCCAAGAUGCCGCCUGUCGCGAAGCUUGGGAAGAAGCCGGGAUCAUCUGCAAGAUCACGUACGAUCUGGGUAUUGUCCCGGAGAGACGGAAACCGGAGCAGUUGACCUCCCAAGCGCCUAAAGCGGCAUACCAUUUCUUCGAGGCAGUUGUGGAGAAACAAGAGGCGCAGUGGCCGGAGAUGCACAAGCGAGGGAGACAAUGGAUGACUUAUGCGCAAGCGGCACAGGCUCUAGCGGAACGGCCUGAGCUGCUGGAUGCACUCAAUCGGUGUACGAUGCAUCGGUAA